GAGGAUCGAACGUGCGUCGAAGGGGUGGGGCGAGGCUGGUGGGCGUGGCCGACUAUAAAAGAAUCCGCCCGCUCUAACCGUCGCCAUUCUGAGGGCUAGGUGGAGGUUUGGUUGCUCUUGAGAGACGCCGUCGCCUUUACCACGAGAAAAACAAACAAACAAAACAAAACAAACAAAAAAACAAACAAAUACAAAAAAAACGGGGGAAGAAAAAGCUUUCUUCCCCCCUUCCCGCUCCCAUCCCGGUGCCGUGGAAGAGCCGCCAUCGCAGCCUCCGUCCUUUGGACCGUCCUUGGGAAGCCGUUUCAAACUCGAAGGAAACUGCCACUUAAAAACAUAUUCUCCCUCUUCUUCCCCCCCCCAAAACAAAGGCAAAAUCCCUUUUUUUUUUAAUCCAAGCAACUUUUUUUUUAUUUUUUUUCCAUCGUUUAGCUCGACAAAACCACCCCUUUAGGGAAAAAAAAAACAACCAACAACCCCCCCCCAAAAAACCCAUCAAGCUGAAAAAAAAAAAAGUUGCUGCAUUUUUUUAAAGCCAUGACCAAAAACAAAGCAAUUCUUUUUUUGCUCUGAUAACACCACCAAUGCCAAAAUCCAAACCUUGAAGCGCUGUCGGCGAGAAAAAUAAUUGGAUAGUAAGUGUUGAAUUUUCAACGAGCUGAAUUCCCCUCAAAAAAACCCCCCAAAAUCCUUUAUUUGUACCAAAGAGAAAAAAUAUGGGAGGAAGAGCCCCAACUGUGUGCUUGAGGAGGACGUAGGCUUUGCUAAAAGGGCUUUUCUGCCAUGGGCUCGGGCCCCAUCGACCCCAAGGAGCUCCUCAAGGGCUUGGACUGCUUCCUGGGCCGCGAUGGCGAGGUCAAGAGCAUGGAGGGCAUCACCAAAAUCUUCAACUUAAUGAAGGACUCGCAGAAGAUGGUGAGUCGCUGCAUCUACCUGAAUAUCUUGCUGCAGACGCGGGCGCAGGACAUCCUGGCUAAAUUUAUCCGGAUUGGGGGUUACAAGCUGCUCAAUACGUGGCUCACCAGUUCCAAAGCCUCCAACAACGUACCCUUCCUGCAGCAGAUCCUUCUCACACUGCAGCACCUGCCCCUCACCGUCGACCACCUCAAACAGAACAACACAGCCAAGCUGGUGAAGCAGCUCAGCAAGUCAAGCGACGAUGAAGAGCUGCGCCGCCUCGCCUCCAUCCUCGUCAGUGACUGGAUGGGUGUCAUCCGCUCCCAGAGCAGCGCCCAGCCGACUGAACGGGAUAAAAAGAAGCGGAAAGAGGAAAACAAAAGCAAGACACCUGUCCAAGAGAAAACCCAAGAAGUCAAAACUGAGAUUAAAGCCGAGGAGAUGCCAGAGAAGAAGCGGGAGAAACCCAAAUCCCUGCGCACUACCGCUCCCAGCCACGCCAAAUUCCGCUCCACCGGGCUGGAAAUGGAGACACCUUCGUUAGUGCCCGUGAAGAAAAUGAACUCUUCUUCAACUACUGAUAAAUACAAUCUGAAACCGAUGCCCAUAAAGAGGCAAAACAUCUCCUCCCUUCCUGGAGAUGUUCCUCUUGCAGAGAAGAAAUACAAACCCCUGAACACGGCGCCCAAUGCCACCAAGGAGAUCAAAGUCAAGAUCAUCCCACCCCAGCCAAUGGAAGGACUUGGCUUCCUCGACGCCCUCAACUCUGCUCCCAUCCCCGGCAUUAAGAUUAAGAAGAAGAAGAAGGUGUUGUCCCCCACAGCGGCCAAGCCCAGCCCCUUCGAGGGGAAGCCAGCUCCCGAAACGAGCUCCGCCAAACCUUCUUCCCCGGAGCCCACCGCCUCUUCGGAGCCAAUGGAGACGGAUCGACCUGGCACGCCGGUACCGGCUGUGGAAGUGCCAGAACCGAUGGAGACUUGCUCGGCGGAGGUGAGCGGUGACACCAAAGCCAUGGAAAACGCAUCGGAAAGCGGCCAGCUCACUAAAAAAGGUCGGAAAAAGAAAACGGUGAGUUGGCCAGAGGAAAGCAAACUCCGUGAAUACUUCUACUUCGAACUGGACGAGACUGAACGAGUCAAUGUCAACAAGAUCAAGGAUUUUGGGGAAGCAGCCAAGCGGGAGAUGCUGAUGGAUCGCCAUGCCUUCGAGACGGCCCGGCGCCUCAGCCACGACGCCAUGGAGGAGAAGGUGCCCUGGGUUUAUCCCAAACUCCUCGAUCUCCCCGCUCCCCUCGUGGUGCCAGGCAGCGGCAGCCGGGAACGCUUCACUCAGGCCGAGAGAGAGAAGGGGAUCUUGCAGGAGAUCUUUCUGUCCAAGGAGAGCGUCCCCGACAGCCCUCACGAACCUGAUCCGGAAUCCUAUGAACCGCUGCCGCCCAAACUGAUCCCCUUGGACGAGGACUGCUCCGCCGAGGAAGUCGUUUAUCCUGAAGGAUUGGAAGCCGGCGCCGCUUCACCUUCCCCGGAUGCCGCCGGCGGUGGUGCCAAACUCCCGCCGGUGUUGGCCAACCUGAUGGGGAGCGUGGGGGCCGGUAAAACCCCCCAGGGACCGGCGCCCGCCGCCCCCAUCAACAUGCAGGAGAUCCUCACGUCCAUCAUGGGUGGGCCCAGCACCCACAAAGCAGAGGAACUGAUGAAACAACCGGAUUAUUCAGAUAAAAUCAAACAUUUGUUGGGAAAUCUGCAGGCUCAGCCGCCGGGACCGAGCGGAGUGCCCCACGGUUUGCUGGGCCCCGGCCCCAUGGCCAACGGUUUCCCGCCCGGCCCCAAGGCCAUGCAGCACUUCCCGCCGGGGGGGCCCAUGCCAGGACCCCACGGAGGAGGCGGGGGGGGACCCGGCCUCCCCCCAGGUCCGGGAAUUCCAGGCGGCCCCCGACUUUUAGGGCCGCCCCCCCCUCAACGCGGCAACGCCGGCGGCGAUUUUUGGGAAACGCCGGAAGGGGGGGGGGAACCUCCGAGGCGGCCCCCACGGCGGCGGCGGCGGAGGCGGCGGCGGCGGCGGCAUGCGCGGGGGGGGCCCCUUUCACCGCCCCCGAGGCCGUAGCGGCGCCGAACCCCCGUACCGAUGCCGCGGCGGCGGCGGAGGCGGCGGCGGAGGGGGGGGGGCGCAACGGGGGCCCCCCAAAUGGCGGCGGCGGCGGCGCAAGGGGGCCCCCCGGUAGCCAC